CUUUUUGGGGUCCUCCCAACAACUGCCACCUUGCAAAACAUGACACAUUUCAGAGUAUAAUAUGAGUUACUGAUGUUGUUGUGAUUUUCGGGGUGUCCAAUCAGGGGUCGCUACAGCAAUUCACUUGCAUGAUUUCAAUCUAACUUUUUUUGCAGAGGGGGGAGGGGGGGCAUUUCUGUUGUGUGAGAACUGUUCUGUUUGUGAGAGGAUUGCAGUUGUGUGCGUGUACGUGCUUCUGAGUGACAGAGAGAAUCCUGAAUCGUGCUCCUUAUGUCCUUUUAUACAUAUGCAGCACACUGACACGAUGUGGGUGGAACCUGAGGGAUGGGCUUGCACAUACAUAAUUGAUAGCACAUGAUAACACUCAGUCAGUAGCAGGUUUUGGACAACAGACAAGACGGAACCGGCAGUUCGGGCACUGCACACACCGGGAAAGUGCAACACAGAACCGGACUGGAGCGCAAGGAGGAGCCGGGGAAGCCGAAGCAGGGUGAUGUGAAGAUCCAUACCUUUGUCUCUUUUUCGUGUGAGUGGAGAAGGGCUUGUCAGUGCAUGCAGCCAUGGGGAAAGACUACUACAAGAUACUGGGCAUCCCCAAGGGCUCCAGUGAGGAAGACAUCAAGAAGGCCUAUCGACGCAUGGCCCUGCGCUUCCACCCUGAUAAGAACACCGAGGCCAAUGCCGAGGAAAAGUUCAAAGAGAUUGCUGAGGCCUACGAGGUGCUCAGCCACCCCAAGAAGAGGCUCGUCUAUGACCAGCUCGGGGAGGAAGGUUUCAAGACAGGAAGCAGCAGCUCGUCCGGUGCCCCCGGUACCUCAACGCACCACUACACUUUCCAUGGAGACCCCCACGCCACCUUUGCUUCCUUCUUUGGUGGCUCCAAUCCCUUUGAUGUGUUUUUCAGCGCAAACCGUAGCCACGGCCGCGCCAACGGUUUCUCCUUCCACAACGACCUCGGCAAUGAUGCCGAGCAGGACGUGGACAUGGAGGAAGAUGACCACUCCGCUCACUUGGGGAAGCAAUUCGGCUUUGGCGGAGGGAUGAAAAACGGCUUCCCAGGAGAGGGCCGGAGACGGAGAGGCGGGCUUUCAGAGUGCCCGGGGGGAGCUCGAAAGCAGCAGGACCCGCCGGUGGUUCACGAGCUGAAGGUCUCACUGGAGGAAAUCUUCCACGGCUGCACCAAGCGCAUGAAGAUUACACGCCGCAGGCUGAACCCCGAUGGGAGGAGCUUGAGGACAGAGGAUAAGAUUCUUAACAUUGUGAUCAAGAAAGGCUGGAAGGAGGGCACCAAGAUCACCUUCCCCAAGGAGGGCGACCAGACCCCUGAGAAUAUACCUGCUGACAUUGCCUUUGUCCUCAAAGACAAGGGCCACGCCCACUUCAAGAGAGACGGUUCUAAUAUCAUUUAUAACUGCAAGAUCAGCCUGAAAGAGGCGUUGUGCGGCUGCACCGUUAGCAUCCCCACGCUGGAAAAGCGGCUCAUCUCCCUGCCCUGUCAUGACAUCAUCAAACCCGGGACGGUGAAGCGACUCCGAGGGGAAGGCCUGCCUUUCCCUAAGAACCCUUCACAAUGCGGUGACCUCAUUGUGGAGUUCUCCGUGCGUUUUCCCGACAGGAUCCCGCCACAGUCCAAAGAGAUCAUCAGACUACACCUCCCUCCAUCGUAGGAACGAAUCACACGCAAAAGAUGGAUCUGGAGCCUCUCCAUUAUGAAGCCUCCCAUCAUCCUUGUUACUCCACGCAGCAUAUUGUCAGGUACUCUUCUGGAUUCACAGACGGGAGGUGAUGGAAUGACACACUCACCGGACACUUUCCUAGGCACACUUGCACAAUCGAACCGGAUCCGGAACAAGAGCCGCAAUCAAACGUUCUGCCUUGAGCGAGGUUUGACUGACACUGUCAGAAGCACAGUGUGUGUUUUUGUUCUUGUGGUUUAGAGUGGCUUUGAAUUACACUGCAUUACACCGAGAGGUAUUUCGAACAAUUUGCUUACUUGACAUCGGAGCCAAACUAUAACCGUGUUGUUGGUAAAUUUGGAUUCAUUCAUUCCGACCAAACAUAAUACUUGUCAAUUAUUACAGUGUAGUGCAGGGAUGUUCAAACUAUGGCACGGGGGGUCAAUUGCAGCCCGCAGGUAUUGUUUAUUUAUUCUCAAUAUCUUUUUGAGCAGUUUUCAAAACAAUCAUUGAUAUCACUGGUUUUCGAUGCCACAAUUGUGUGAUCCACUUCUAUUACUACAAAGACGUUUACAGCAGCGCCUUUGAUUUCUUCCUUGACCGUACAAGAAGGCCGGCAUUUCUUUCAAUCUACUGGGAGCAUCGCGUUUUCAUCACGUCGCCAUAUGAUCUGCCUCCCUCACCAUCGGUUGUCUCAACGCUUUGUAUUGCAAUACCACAUAACAAAUUCUUAUCAUCAACCUUAACAACUGGAAUUGGAAUAAUAACGGGGAAUGACAAUCGUAUACUGACUAAGCUCAGAACCUGCACAGAAAAUCGGUGCUUUCCGUUUGAACCGCAUAGCCAGGCUCUCUAUUUAUGUGCCUUAGCCAGGUGUUGUAUCACACACACACACACACACACACAAGUAACAACGUAACACCCAACCAGCCAUGUAAAACGCACACCCGAUGAGCAACUGUAAGCAAGCGACCUUAAAAGCAGUCAACACAUUGCACUGUGUUACACGCAGCAAAACAAAUUCUGAGGAAUCAUUGAUCUUGCUGUUAAGUGCAAUUGAGCACAAGUUGGACUUCCCAGAAGAGUUCAAGUAUACCACUGAAUCGAGACGGACAAUAAAUACCGUGAUAACGAUUCCUCUGGGGAUGCCGUCUUGAAGGCCAUGUCUUGGUGCUACUGUGAGCUUUGCCGACAGCAUAACAAAUCAAUGUCUACUUUUGUUUUGUUGUUUCAUAGACUAUUUAUUGAUUAGUGUUUUAAAAUUUGCUUGUGCCAUGCUUAUCAUCUGUACGUUGAUAUUUGCACUUUUUUAGAGUAGAACCCCUUGUACAUAACCUAUUAUAAAAGCGCAUCUGCUGUGUCAUGUUUCAUCGUAGAGGGGGGCGCUCUUGAGCUCCACCUUUUGGUAUUUCUACACUAUUUAACAGACUGCCAUGUUGAAAUGAGUAUGUGGUCGUUGGACUUAACAUUUGGUACACCCGCACAAUCUCAUGAGAUCCAAUCUCCUGUAUCAGCUCGCAUGAAUCGAGAAGGUGCACUCAAUGAAGUGGCCAGUGAUUGUGCACUGUAUUGUUUCGGGAAAACACCCUGAUCAAUAACACUGAUCAACUACACAUUUUAAUCAGAGAUGGUUUGAUGUGUCCCGUAGUGUUUUUUAUGCUAAUUUUAAUACAAUAAUGUUUUUCCUAGCAAGUCAAGUUUUGAGAUAUCCUCAUUUUUGGUUUUUAAGUUUGACCGAUAAAACUCGCAUGAUGCGAAUUUUACUAUGAGUUGUAAUCUGCUGUUGCUGAACUUUGUAAAGUUUACAAAAUAUACUCUAUUUCCUAUUUUGUUAUUGUUAAUAUAAUAAGAAGAAGAACUAUUAUUUUUUGUUGUUGCUGUAAAAACCUCAUGUGCUCGAGAAAAAAACAAGGGCAGAUUCAGACUUAGGGCAAAAAACUCAUGUUGAAAAGUGUACUGUACUUGCAUCUCUGAUUAAAAAUAGUCAGAAUUUAUUGAUCAGUGUAACCGUAAAUGCAAUUGAAAGAAAGUAACUAAAGAAGGCCUGAAUGAUAAAAGGUGUGUCCUAAUGUGACCUUGGUUGCAGCCAGAAUGCACGUAUGCCGCUGCUGAAAGACUCACCGCUUGUGCGCGUUUGGCAAUAUUCUUUGUUAUAAAAUGGCAUCAAAUAAAUGUUUGAAGCCGA